AUGGCAUCGGCGCAACAAGUCCGAGGGAUUGAACUCGCCUCCUCAUCGCAAAGAACAGAUUUGACCGUAGUUUUAGUGUGUCCACAAAUUCCCGGGAAUACCGGGACGAUUGCUCGCACGUGCGCGGCGACGCAAGUGCCUUUACAUUUGGUGGGACCGUUAGGUUUUGAGCUCGACGACGCAAAGUUGAAACGCGCGGGUUUGGAUUAUUGGCAAAGCGUUUGCGUGAAAGUGCACGAAUCGUACGACGCGUUUUAUACGUAUUGGCAAGAGAUUGAAGCGUCGAAAAGAGGAAGAUUAGUCGCGUUUUCAAAGUUUGGAGGGAAGUCGCAUUGCGCGCGAGGCGCGUAUAAACCGGGAGACUGGUUGCUCUUUGGGAGCGAAGUCAGCGGUUUACCAGAGAACGCGCACAAACACUGCGAAGCGACGGGAGGGAUUCGGAGAAUACCCAUCGACGAAGAGCACGUGCGGAGUUUAAAUUUAUCGGUUUCUGUCGGUGUGGGAGUCUACGAAGCGCUGCGACAAAUAGACGAGAAAGGGAUGGAAGUAGACGUGGAGUAUCGCCCUCAAUACGGGAAGGAAGAUUAA